AUGACGUCUCAUCAACUCGCCAUUGCGAAGGCGUCCUUCUCCGCAGGCCUUCUCAGGCCCGACCCAACGUCACUAUCACGAGAAGAGAUCGCGCACUUCCACUCUCUGCUGGAUUCAGCCGUCAUACAGUGCACUCCAGCAAACGUCCAGAACUGCAAGCGAUGGAUAUUACAGAAUAUUAUUCAAUCUACAGCAAGGUUCACAGCACUGGGCAAAUACAUAACUGCGUUAGCAGCAUCCUUUACUGAGAACCGGGACCGUCUUGAUUCAGCAUCAAAGCGCGAACCGUCGAUCAAGAGAAAGCGCCUCCAUCUCCUAUACCUUGUUAAUGAUAUUCUCUAUCAUGCCAAGUACCGAAUAAACGAUGCAUCGAUUGGCGGCAAGCUACAGCCUAUACUGGUGAACUUGUUGGGGAGUGCGGCCUCAUUCGCAAGCUCUCCGAAACACCACCGCAAGAUUGCGGACCUACUGAGCAUAUGGGAGGAGAAAGGAUACUACUCAAACGAGUAUAUCGACAAGCUGCGCGAAACUGUCAAGAAUGCAUCGGAGGCCGGGAGCUAUGCGGAGGGAGCAGCUACCCCCUCCGGAGAUGUGGCUCAAGGCUCUUCGGUGAAACUUGCCAGCUCUGCACCAUAUGUGAUGCCGGCCAUGCAUGGAGAUCCGUCGACGCCAUGGUUUGAUUUACCAGCUGGCAAUCUCAUGCCGCACAUAGUACCGAACUCUACAAGACCGAUCAAUCCAGACAUGAUAAAGCCUCUGCAGUUUGUGGCAGGACCGGCAGACGAGACGCUUGUUUUGGCAGUUAAGAAUCUUUUGGACGACGUGCAGAAGAUAUUCGAAGGAGAAAAGGACCAGGAUGAAAAAGUCGCCUGGGACAUAGAUGAACUCGGGCAGCCAAUCGUUCUAGAUGAAAUUACUGGGGAUGUUAUUGAGGGCGAGGGUUAUUAUGGCUGGUCACGAUCUUUCUGCGAGAAGAUGAAGAGGCGCCGAAAGGGUCUCGAUAUACCCGGUCGCGAUGGAAGUCGGGGCCGUACAAGUCGAAGUAGAAGCUCGAGUCGAGGUAGAAAGAGACGGCGACAUAGCGACUCAGACGGGUCGAGUCCAGGAAGCUACAGAGCUUCACGUCCUCGACGCACCUAUAGCUCCUCCCGCUCAGCCUCACCAGAUGCCAGGCCAGCGUUCAAAGGCGGCCGCUCUCGCUCACGGUCGAGGAACAGGUCUUAUUCUAGAUCUGCUCCACGGUCCCCAAGGCAAGCAGAGGCGGCGCCCUCGCAACGACCACAUGAUCCUCGUGAGGGAUUCCCGCAACAGCCUCCUGCGCCCUUUAUACCGCCGGUGCCCUUUCAAAACGGAUACAACGCGCACUACCCGCCACCUCCGCCACCUCCUAAUGUCCCUUUCAACGGUUCGGGGCAACCACAAUAUGGAUCCUGGCCAAUACCACCACCACCUUUCCACAAUCCAGCUUGGCCGCCACCUCCUCCACCACCUGGCCCCGGGAACUUCCAUCAGCAGCCUCAGGGCGGAUUUCCGCCGCCGCCUCCGCCAGGACCUGGAGGGUGGCAGCCUCCAAUGCAGCACGGGAAUGGCCGGGGAUACCACAAUGGAUGGAACAACAAUCGGGGAGGGAGGGGGAAUUAUAGGGGGAGGGGUUGGUCAUGA